AUGCUGUCGCGAUCCGCCGCUUCGGCGCUUCCAUCCACCUGCCAGGUCCUCGCCGGCUCGGCGACGACGGCGGUGGCUAAGCGCACCUUUUCCGUCUGCGCCGCGCGGUGCAACAGCAACGAUGACGCCUCGUCCUCCUCGACAUCUGCGCCGCGCUCGCAACAACCAGCGACCUCUGGCUCGACAAACGACAACGGCGCCGUUGCUUCCUCUUCCUCUACCGCCGCCUCCUCUUCCUCCUCGACCGGCGUCUCGUCUCCUUCGACAACGACAUCAGAAGCGGCGACGCCAAGAGCCAAGCGGACCAUCCCGGCGUCCUCGCCCAUCCUCGACAAGGUGCUGCCGCUCUCCUUCCCGAGCCGGACGUUGCGCUCCUUUCCCUCGCUGCUCCAGUUCUCCGACCCCAUCCUUGACCCGCAUCCUUCCAACGUCUUCCGCGCCGCGCCCACCAGCCGCACGCCCUACCCGUCCAGCGUGACGUUCUACAACGAUCCGCAGUACUACGAGCCCACGCCGCCCAACGCCGAGUCGCUGGUCCUGUCUGGCGGCUCCGACUCGGACGAGGUCAACUCGGAGCAGUACCUCUCGACCGUCACGCCGCUCUCGGUGCAGGAGAUCCGCAACCUCCACCGCCAUGCCAUCGUCCUCAAGCGUGUCGUCCACAUGACCACCAAGGGCAAGGACGCCAGCAUGUACGCUCUCGUCAUCGCCGGCAACGGCAACGGCCUCGUCGGCUACGGCGAGGGCAAGGACGUCGACUCGUCAAAGGCCGGCCGCAAGGCCUUCCACCAGGCCGUCAAGAACCUCGACAGCGUCGCCAUCCACGUCGGCAGCGAUGGCUCCCGCACCGUCGAGACCCAGCUCGAGGCCAAGUGGGGCGCAUCGACCGUCGUCCUCCGGCCCCGGCCUGCAGGUUUUGGUCUGCGUGUGCCUCCCGUCAUCCACGCCCUCUGCCGCUCUGCGGGCAUCUCGGACCUGAGCGCCAAGAUCUACGGCUCGACCAACCCUAUCAACGUCGUCAAGGCGGCGCUUCAGAUCUUGUGGGGCGGAGCGGCUCCUCUCGGCCUUGGCGGCGUCAAGGAAGGUACCAUGAGGCGGAAGGACAAGGGCCAGGGUAUGCGCGGGCGCGUCGACAUCGAGCGGAGUCGCGGCAGGAGGAUCGAAGAGAUUCGCCUCGAUGGUCGCAAGUAG